AUGUUUAUUGGUCGAAUUGUGCUAGGGAACGGAAUCAACGCUACGAAAUGGGGAGGAAAACUGGCUAUACUGAAUCUUGGGCUGAAUGUCGGCGGGUACUGUAUUGCCAAUUGGAUAAACUAUAGACUCUCCUUCGGCGGGGACGCUAUUUACAAGCUCGCCAAGAUAGGCGAUCGAAGUACUUACCUUGACAAGAUCAAAUUCAGUAUCGCAUAUAAGAAGGAAAAUGCCAUCCGAUACCGCGAUCUUCUGCUUCGAAGUAAAACUAAUAAUAUAAAAACUCUUCACGAGUUGCUUCUUAGUGUCGUCACACAGGCUAUGCAACAGCUCCAAGCCUUAUCUUGUUUUAACGUCUUCACAUACUGGUAUAAAUGCUGCAUCAAAGGCAUCUGCAUCAUGAGUUAA